AUGGAGCGCAUCGAGGGUCAACCUGCCCUUCAUACCAAGAUAGCGAGUCUUGUUUUGGCAUGGGUCGUCUGGGCAACAAGACCUUUGAGAUCACUUGAGCUGCAGCAUGCCCUUGCCGCUGCGCUUGAAGAGGAUAGCUUUGACGAAGACAAUCUUUACAGGGUAGAGGACAUAAUUUCCAUGUGUGUAGGUAUCAUUACCAUUGAUGAGCAAAGCGACAUUGUUCAACUACAACAUUACACAAGGUAUGAGUUUCUGAAGAAUCACUGGACCGAGUUCUUUCCCGACCCUCAUAGUCAACUGACGACUAUGUGCAUCUCAUACAUGCGCCAUGAGACACUUCAAGUUGGGAAUACUGCCUCACAUAGUCAGCUCAAAGACUAUCUUGAACGAUUCCCUUUUUUUGAGUACUCGGCCAAGAAUUGGGGCUAUCAUGCACGGAUAUCCUACUCAAAUGUGAAGGAACAAGUCCACGCUUUUGUUCAGAGCGAUAUCGCCCUCCCUCAAUCCCUUCGAGUGUUGUUUACCGAUCGCUACUUUUCGCAAACCGGGCAAUGGUGCUCAGUUGCAGUCUCUCCACUGCAUCCUGCGGCAUACUUCGGCCUUGAAGAAUGUAUCCUUUACUUUCUCGCUAACCACGUUACUCGUGAUAUGAAGGAUGAUGGUGGUCAGACUGCAUUGCACUGGGCUGCAAGAAAUGGACAGGUAGAAGCAGCUGAACUGCUUUUAAAUCAUGGUCUUAAAGCCAAUUUGGCGGACAAGAAAGGCAAAACAGCUUUACAUUAUGCUGCUGACCAAGAUGACUCGCGUCUGAUAAAACUUCUUAUACAUUAUAAGGCAGACAUAGAGUCUACAGACAUGGAUGGCCAAACACCUCUUCUCACCGCGGUGCAAGAUUUGAAGCUUGAGCCAGCUCAGGAGCUUGUCAGUCUCGGGGCCUCAAUAAAGGCUAUGGACUCAAUGCAUCGCAGUGCGCUGCACCUAUCAGCCCUUGGGGGGAGUCGCAGCAUCCAUAUCACCAAAUUUCUUUUAGCCAGGGGCGCUUGUUAUGAGUCAUGCGACGUUGACAACAUGAUUCCGAUGCAUUAUGCCAUAGUCCAAGGAUCUGAAGAGACCAUCGAAGCUUUGAUUCAAGCAGGAGCAUGUGUAGACGCUGGCAUCGUGAGGAAGAGAUGGAAACGAAUUGAAAAAUCUGGCAGAUGGAAUUAUGAUCUUUCACCUGGAGACCAAAAAGCCUCGGGAACCCGGACUUCUCAUGGCUUAACUCCACUUCAUUGGGCCGCACUCAUUGGCCACCCGGCAAUGAUCAAAUAUCUUCUUUCCAAAGGGGCAGAUCCCAACAAGUGUUGUCAGGACGGCGACACUCCGUUGCACCUUGCCAUCCGAGCAGAUAUCAUUCGUAAUUACAAUGAUGCUUGGAAUUCAUCUUCGUGGCGAAUUGAAAUCCUCAGUGAUUUAGUUGAGGCUGGAAGUGAAGAGGCUGACGGUGCGCGUCACCGCGUAUCCGAAAUUCGCUCGGCUGUAAUCGAAGUUCUUCUCUCGCAUCCUAGCAUAGACGUCGAUCUUCAGAACGAGCAACUACAAACUCCAUUGCACCUGGUUGCAUGUUGCAAAGAUGUCUCGAUGGUUUCUUUUUCAAGAUUGAUGAGCAAGAAACCCGAUCACUCAAUUUGCAACUACAAAGGACAAACUCCAUUACAUCUUGCCAGUGGCGCAGGGAAAGCUGGAAUGGUUAAACAUCUUCUCGCUGCAAGAGCAUCAGUUGAUGUUCUAGAUUCCGAAGGAUCAAGUCCCCUUCAAUACAGUGUUCGCUCUGGAAAGUCUACUGCGGCUGUUGUCAAACUCUUACUAAAAUGCUAUGACAUGACUCAGUUGAAUUCAUGUACUCAAAAAGAUGGGGCGGGCAAAAAUUUGUUACAUCACUAUCUUCAAACAGACGCUCCCUCCCAAAAGCUAAUUCUCACGUUGUUGAAUCAUGGCGCGAAUGUGAAUGAAAUCGACACAAAAGGCAAUUCCCCACUCAGCCUUUGUCUGCGCACGUCUAAUUUGAUAUUUAACCGAGCCUCGAUCUGUCGCUUCCUAUUGAAAAAUGGCGCUUCCAUUUUGUGGACUGAUGAAUCAGGGAGAAAUUUGGCUCAUGUAUCGAUGCUUGCUUAUCCUUGGAUGCCGGUUGAUGGAGUUCUCUCGACCCUGUCAGAGUUCGGGGUCGAUAUCGCAGCGAAAGAUUCAAAUAAUCGGGGCAUACUUCAUCACGGAGCCAUGUAUGGGUCGGUAACCCAAGGAGUUGUUGACCUUCUACGAGGGAGCGCGUCACUUAGCCUACAUGAUCGGGACAAUGAUGGUAGAACCCCUCUUUCAUACGCGGAGGCUAAGCUGCAUCUGAAUCGGGGAUUCCCACGGAACAGACGGGAAUUGACUCUCGAUAUUCUAUUGAAGGCGGCCAAUGGAGACUGA